UCUUCGGCAAUUUCUCUUUUGCUGAUGAUACGAUAACUCAAAAAAAAAAACAACUUGAUAACAUUUCAUCUGAUCUCGGAUCGAAAUUUUCCACGAGUGCAAAUGCAUCGGGUUGCGAUAUCGGAUACUAUGCUUGUUCUGACGGAAUAUGGUGUUGCCCAAGUGGCACCAUUUGCGCUGGUGGAGGGUACUGCGGUUCCUAUUGCCCUAAUAAUUACUAUAUGUGCUCGGAUUAUUCAGGGUGUUGUCCGAACGGCUAUACUUGUAUGAAGAAUUCCCAAUGUCAUUAUAAUAGUCCUGGGGGUAAUACUGGAAGUAAUACUGGAAAUAGUUAUGGAAGUAGUACUGGAAAUAUUUUUAAGGGAAGUAUAAUGUUG